AUGCCGGGUCUGAUCCCCCUUCGCAUGAGCGCGCUCAUUCCAGCAUCAAAAGUCACAAUCUCUUUCUCGGACGACAAAUCCAAUGCCACAUCUUGGGAGCCCACGCCAUAUAAGCCAAGAACAGCUGAAAUGCAGUUCCGACAAGCAUCGCGUGAGCGCAUGAUUCCAGAGCCUCUCAUUACAUCCAGACCAGCUCCUUCUACGCCUUCUCAGUGGAAGAAAGCGUUGGCUGAAAUCAAAAGAGACUUCAUCAACAGAAAGUACCGGCACUGCUCUAUGCGAUGUCAAGAGAUUCUCGACAACAUGAAGGAUUCGCACAAGCCAGAGACAGCAUGCCUGAUCUAUAUCCGCUUCUACGCCGCAUCUGCUCUUGAAAUGCAAGUCCGCUCUCUUCAUCACACCUCUCCUUAUCGGAUGAAGCUCCUCCUCCAAGCCCGCGGCCACUACCGCGCCGCAUCUGAUCUCGCCAUAGAGGACGAUGCUACUAAGCGGCGCCCCCCUUCUCGAUCACUCUCUCCAAUGUCCAGCCGACACACCCCUUUUGGGUCGGACACAUCAUUCUCUACAAUCUCCUCCGGAAGCUCUGCUUCACUCUCCAUCAGCUCUCUGGACAGCUGUUUGAAGAGCCCCGGUAGCCGGCCCAAGCAAAAGAAGCGCGUCGCCUUUUGCGACGUGCCCUCAUAUGAGCCUUUGCACGAGUCUACCUACGAGCCUUUUAUUCGCCCAGACUCUCCAACCCUCGGUUUUGACGACGACUGGUGCAUCCGCCAGCCUACCCCUGAGCCUCCGGUUCUCUAUCAGGCUUCCCUCCGACCCAUCUCUGGAAAGCCGCAGUUCCCACUCCCAUCUCCUACAAAUUCGGAGUGUAGCACUAUUCAGGACGACGACGAUAGCUAUUUCGAUAUCCCUACCGCUUCAGACAGCUUCCUCCAUGCCCGUUCCGUCCACCACUAUUGCACUGUACUUGCCAGCCUGCAGCGCCAAAUCACCUCACACCUGGAAUGGUUAGAGCGUGAUCUUGCUGCCGCAGAGAAUCCCCAGCCUCCGCAAAUCCUUAGCGAGGAAAUGCGCAACCUGGAGCUGCGUACGCGGAUUGAACGGCUGAGGGCUAAUGGCUGGAAGAGACAGCGUUUUGAUUUUCGAAAAUACGAGGCACUUCGAGAGAGGGCCUUGGAGGAUAUCAAUUAG